AAUGUGUUGAAUUGAGUGAAACGUAAUCAUGACGUGUGAGGUGAUUAAUCUGCUCCGCUCAGGCUGCACAGUGGCGUGGAAGCUCCCCAGUGUUCCGGUGAAACCCUCCUCAGAUCAUCAGCUUCAUCAUGGAACCCACACAGCAGUAAGUAUGGAUUCUCCUACUGAAUGUGUGUUGGCGCUGCCCUCCGAUGUUCCUCUGUCACCACCUUCAAUGCCCUCACUAGACAACAGUCUUCAUUCCUCACCCCAAACCCCUCCAUCCAGCCAGUCAAGUCCUCUAGCUACACCCUACAACCAACUCUCACCCUUCACCUUCACCUACGCCAACCAGCAAGAUGAUGACGAGCUUUCCAUACCCCCAUCUCCAACUCCAGCUGUGGCACUGUUUCCAGGGGCCGACACGCUGUGCUCCUCGUCUACAGAAAGCAGCCCGCCGGCUACACCUUCUGCCCCUCUGCCUGAGUUUGUGGUACUUGAGCACGCCCUCUCUUCUGCCAACAGUGGCACCUGCAGCGAUGAGCUGGACCUUCAACUCUUUAACAAUGAAGGUGUUGAUGUACAAGGAAGUUCUUCCAGUGGCACUGGGCUCAGGUUCCCCUGUCAUGUUUGUGGGAAGAGAUUCCGCUUCCAGAGCAUCCUGUCCCUUCAUGCUAGAGCUCAUAGUCUAGACCGAGAUCGCCGAAAUUCUGCCCCCUACAGGACCACACCAGGUAAUCCUGGGCAGAAGCACAUGAAGGACAAGGUUAUCCAAAACCUCAACCAGAGUCCAACAUCCAGGUUAAAUCCAACUCUGCGAGAACUUCCGAAGGAACCCGUUCAACCAACAAGCCCUCAGUUCUUAAUUAAUGAAGCCACACCCUUGACUCCACCUCUAACAGGAGAAGUUUCUGGAUCUUCUCCAUCAGGCCCCAGCUUGGUUGAAGACCAAACCUCUACUGUUCCAGCUCCUGCCUUCCGCUGCCAUGCUUGCAAGGGUAAAUUCCGGACCGCCUCUGAGCUCGCUCGUCAUGUCCGGAUCCUUCACAACCCUUACAAGUGCACCCUCUGUCCAUUUUCCGCCAAUCUGGAGGAGCAUCUGGCCGCCCACCUGCAGGAAAGCCACCCUGCUGAUAAACCUGUGCAACGUUCUGUCUUCCCAUCCCGUCCGGUCACAGUGCCACCACAAGCGCCUUCACUACCAGCACCUGCUGUUCCAGCCUUCCGCUGCGAGACCUGUGGUCAGCGCUUCACCCAGUCCUGGUUCCUCAAGGGCCACAUGCGCAAACACAAGGACUCGCUCGACCAUAAGUGCCAGGUUUGUGGACGUGGCUUUAAGGAGCCUUGGUUCCUCAAGAACCACAUGAAAGUCCACCUUAACAAAUUGGGCCUUAAGGCUGGCCUGGGAGAACUAGCACCUAAUGGGCCUGGACAUUCCAAAGGUUCUUCCGGGAACCAUAACUUAGGGGCUUUCUACUCCAACAUUCUCCUGGCACACAGUGUGGCAGCUGGAGGAGCAAAGAGAGGAACUCGUGGUGGAGCAGAGAGGUCAGAAUCUUCUGGAUGGAGCUACCUCAGGUUAGCGAAUGAGAGCAGCGGUACCAGCUGUGUGGAACGCCUUCAGGCAGUGGCUCAGGUGGCAGAGUUGGGUAAUGGUGGAGAUAGAUCAGAAGAGGGGGUGGAUGGUAAAGAUCAGGCUGCCAUGUGGGACCUUGUGACUGGUAGACUGGCAGCAGUGCAGCAGAGAUCCCAGCAGCACUUCCCUUCAUUACAAGCUGAGCAAUUACAAGCAUAUUUAAGUGGCAUUAAAGAGGAACCGGGGGCAUCCACGGGCCCAUGGGAGUGCCCCGAGUGUGGAAAGCUCUUCCAGAACCUUCAACAACUGGUAGCUCACUCACGGGUUCACGGUCCGAGAUGGCAAAGGUACCCGAGUGUACAUAGUAAUGCAGGGAUGGAGGAGGAUGCUGGACCUAAACCUGCCGGAACCCAUGGAGCUGAGAGCAGAGCACCUACCAAACCGGUCCAGUCAGGAGAAAUCAGUGCUGCCAUGGAACAGCUCUCUGGAGAGAACAACAUGAGAGGAACAGGACCUGUGAGAGAACGAGUACGAGGUACAGGAGUUAAGGACUGUCCUUACUGUGGUAAAUCCUUCCGCUCCUCACAUCACCUGAAGGUUCAUCUACGAGUUCAUACAGGUGAGAGACCUUAUAAAUGUCCACACUGUGACUACGCUGGAACACAGUCGGGCUCUCUGAAGUACCAUCUACAGCGACAUCAUCGCGAGAGGAACGCCAUGAUGAACUCCAAGAGUUCCUCGUCUCCUGCCUCUAGAUCUAGUUCUCCUCGAGAAGGAACUUCCAAACAACAUCGACCGUCCUACUCGCACCAGGGACUGUUUGCUUCAUCUAGAAACGCCCAGCAUUUGGUGUCUGGAGGGCGGAAACCUAACGCAGGUCCUCGUGAGGUUCCUCACAAACCCAGACCACGUCACAGAGAAAGAGAUUUGGAGAGUCAGUAUGGGUUUCAUUCUGGGAUGGUGCAGGAGCUGUAUCCAGGUGGAGUGGAUGGGUGGGCGGCAGAAACACCUAGAGCAAAAAUGCCCAAGGUAUCACGCCGCAAACCCCUCAUCACCAGCCGGAUGGUCCCAGCGAAUGGAUAUCAGAAGAGCCUGACCUCAAGUUCUUCCCAGGAAAGUGGACCUCUGGAUCUUUCACGUCGUCCAGUGGAACCAGCUGGAGAUCUGCUCAGUAAUCCUGAAAGUCCAGCAGAUGGAACCGGAGGAGACGCCACCCUCAAUCAGUGUGUAUUCUGCCCUUUUCGAACUUCAUCCACUGAGCUGAUGGCCAUGCACGUUCAGGUCAAUCACACCAGCAAGUCUCGCCGAAAAAGCUCCAUGACCUUGGAUCAGUGCCUGCCUAAACUGACCCCAUCUGAGAUGACCAAUAACACAGCACUGUGGAAGUUCCUACGUGAAGGAGACGGCAUCAUGGAGGACUGGAUCAAAUACGGGGCUGAAAAUGGUGCCAGUCUGGAGGACUCUGAGCAACUGGACGACCCUGAGGAGGAGGAACCAGAAGAUGUAGAUGAAGACAUGGACGUAGUGAGGAAUUUACCAGGUAUGGACGAGGAUUUUCCUGACCAGGAUGAGGAGCUGAUUGGAAACUAAAACCUUCUCCACUGAUCUGGUUCUGGUUCUGUACCAGUAAGGUAAAGUGGGCGCUUUGUUUUUAAACCUUCUGCAUUGUUCGUGUUUUUGUUAUGGUGGUGAAAUGAUGCCACCUCGAGUCUCUGAUGCCACGCAGUAUUUUGGUGGUGGAAUUAAAGUAAUAUGCAAAGAACUGCCUGUAUUA